CCUUUGGAGGCUGGAUUCCCAUCAGCUUUCCAGUCUUCUAGUGACAGAGAGCAGCAGACAACGGACUCUAUGUACUUAAAAACCCACCAUAAGCUGUAACCAUGACUACUGAAGUAGGCUCCACUUCUGAAGUGAAGAAAGACCCUGAUCAGUUAGGAGCAGAUGCAGCAAAGGAGAAAUCUAAAGAAACAGCAGAAAAUCAGCAGAAUCAGUCAUCAGAGUCAUCCCCUACAGCUGAAAACCAAAGUACUCCACGUCGUCAGAAGAAAGAGAAGGAGCCAUCAGAGAGCAGGGGUAUUUCUCGAUUCAUACCCCCAUGGCUUAAGAAACAGAAGUCAUACAACUUAGUAGUGGCCAAAGAUGGAGGUGAUAAAAAAGAUCCCGCUGAAGCCGUUGUGGAAGAGCAGGUUUUAGAUAAAGAGCAGUCUCUUCCUGAAGAGGAAAGACAGGCCAAGGGUGAUGCUGAAGAAACGGUUCAGAGAAAACAGCAGGAGGUUAAGGUUGAUGUUAAAGAAGAAAAACCUUCUGUGAGCAGCGCUGAGACACAGCCUGCUGAAGAAGUAAAGGAGAAAGAGGAGGAGAAGGUAAAGGAAAUACAGGACAAGUCAGAAGGGGAAGCCGCAAAAAGGGAGACAAAGGAAGUGCAGACCAAUGAGCUGAAAGCAGAGAAGGCCCCUCAGAAAGCUGCCAAGAAGACCAAAACCGUGCAGUGCAAGGUAGUACUUCUGGACAGCACUGAGUACACCUGCGACCUGGAGAAACGUGCUAAGGGGCAAGUGUUAUUUGACAAAGUAUGUGAACAUCUCAAUCUCCUGGAGAAGGACUACUUUGGACUUUUGUUUCAGGAAAGCCCUGAGCAGAAAAACUGGCUAGAUCCUGCAAAAGAAAUAAAGAGACAACUGCGAAACCUGCCCUGGCUGUUCACCUUUAAUGUGAAGUUUUAUCCUCCUGAUCCUUCUCAACUGACUGAAGAUAUCACCAGAUACUACUUGUGCCUUCAGCUUCGGCAGGACAUUGUGUCUGGCCGCCUGCCCUGCUCUUUUGUGACACACGCUCUGCUGGGAUCUUACACUCUGCAGGCUGAACUUGGGGACUAUGACCCUGAAGAACAUGGCAGUAAUGACCUCAGUGACUUCGAGUUUGCUCCCACCCAGACAAAGGAGCUGGAAGAAAAAGUAGCAGAGCUGCAUAAAACCCACAGGGGUUUAUCUCCAGCACAAGCUGAUUCUCAGUUUUUAGAAAAUGCAAAGCGGCUGUCCAUGUAUGGUGUUGAUCUGCAUCCAGCCAAGGACUCAGAAGGCGUGGACAUCAAGCUGGGUGUGUGUGCUAACGGGCUUCUCAUUUACAAAGACAGACUGAGAAUCAAUCGCUUUGCUUGGCCAAAAAUCUUGAAAAUUUCCUAUAAGCGCAGCAACUUCUACAUUAAAGUGAGGCCAGCAGAGCUGGAACAGUUUGAGAGCACCAUUGGAUUCAAACUGGCAAACCAUCGGGCAGCGAAAAGGCUAUGGAAAGUGUGCGUGGAGCAUCACACUUUCUACAGGCUUGUGUCUCCAGAGCAGCCACCAAAGGCCAAGUUCCUGACCUUGGGGUCCAAAUUCCGCUACAGUGGCCGUACCCAGGCCCAGACUCGCCAGGCCAGCACCCUCAUUGACAGACCAGCCCCACAUUUUGAGCGGACCUCCAGUAAACGGGUCUCCAGGGGUGUAGAUGGAGUUCCAGUUGGUGUCGUGGACCAAUGUCUUGUGAAGGAUUUUCGUGGCCCUGCUGGUGAGGUUUCAGCCCAUGGCCCUGGAGGGGUCACCGCUGCCAUGGUACAAGAUGGGGAUGGCAGAAGGGACCUCAGAAGUCCAGUGAAAGCCCCACACAUGCAACUCAUUGAAGGAAAGCCCUUUUCCAUGUGCCCACCUUCGCCACUCAUCCGCUGUGCUUCAUUUCUUUCUCCAAACCUGUUGCCACUCCCUGAAGUGGACUUGCUUUCAGACAUUUCAGAGGAAGACCCCUUUGGGGAGGCUGACCAGAUCACAGUAGACAGCUUGGAGCUCCUUUCUACUGGCAAAACAUCAGAGCAGGGUGACAGCGAAGUCACUGCCCCUGAUUCUGUCCCAGAUGCUGUGGAAGCGCCUGCUCAGCCCGAAUGCCUCCCUACCCCCAAGGCACCUCUAAAAGAGGCUGACUGUAAAGAGUCUGAAUGUGGGCACGUUCCCUUCAGUUUCUGCAAGUGCUUUCCCUCCAGCUUUCCCUCACUUCUAGAUGAAGAUGGGUAUCUUGCUUUCCCCAGCCUCCCCAAGGUCUGGAUCUCCUUCCUCCCCGCUGAUGUCCAGCAUUAUGUUCCUAUCACCUCCCCUUCGUUCCUUCCUUCCCUCAUCCUCAUCUUUGGGCUACUACUCUCUGCUUCUCAGUCAGUGCCUUUUUCUCUCACUUUCUCCCUUCCUCUGGCUCUAUCCCUCUGCUAUCUGGAGGCGAAAGCCACUUCCUUUAAUGCCUCUUAUGACAGCGACGGGAAUGACAAAACAGAGGAAGAGGAAGCCAUUGCUGGUACUCUUACAUAAGCUACAAUUUACGGGGUCCACAAAACUAUUCUCCAUCUUAUAUGGUUUCUAAUGUAGAGUGUAAACAUGUGCAUAAAUUUCAAUACUGAUUGCCUGCCUACUAGUUUGGUCUACACAUUUGCGCACACACACAACAUUUUAGUGCAUGAAAAAGAAGUGUGAGUACCUCCCUGUCGUUGAUACCUACUGCCCAGUUCCACACAUGCUAAGUUGAGGACAAAGUUACAGGAUUAUUUUAGAAAUAUCUAGAACAUACUAAGUCAAAGGAGAAGGGACUCUGUUUCCCCAUGAAUGAUCUAUAUGGAGCCUAUUUUGUGGACCAAUAUUAAUGUUAUUUUAGGAUGGAAACUUGUUUCAGUAUAGAACUUAAGAUGCAGUGGACAUAACUGUAAAUAAUGUGUAGUAGUAGAACUCCUUAGUAUUGUUAAAUCUCUUGCUAGAAAACCAAGCUUGUUUUUGCAUUGAUGAGGAUGCAUCAGUAAUCUUUACUCUUGGGUAUGUAAUCUCAAACUCUUUGUUUCAUAUUAUUGUAACAUUUGGGAACUAGUUAAAUACCAGGAAGUAUUUUUUAACUAAAGCAUAAUUAUAUUAAAAAAGUCACUGUCAAGUAUUUUUAAGGAAAGUACUAUUUUGUCUUUAAAAAUGUCUGCAAAAAACAAGUUUUUGUAACUUUAGAAUAUUUAGUCCUAAGGUUGGCCCUUUUAGUGCUCUUCCAUUUAAAAUUGGAUGUCCAAGUUAAGAAUUUUUACCCUAUGUAGGACUUCCUCUGCACAACUAAUUCUGUGCUACACGUGCAGAAGGGUUUUUGAUUGUUUGGCUGAAUGUGGUCUGGUGACUUAGUGUCUCAUAUCCUGUGGGUAUUAUCAGUAACAUAAAUCACAAAAUUCAAAGGAAAUCUAAAGAAAAAAAUGUGAAAAUAAUGGUAUGACUAGGCAUUGCGUGAGACCAUGAGUCUUAAAGGUUGCCAGGGGGCUGCCCGAGUUGGACAUGUUAGAGUUAAGACUUGACCAUGGAAUUGGAAGAGGAUUCUUAGUAGAUUCUGAAUUGACUUUCCACGCUGAUAAAAUAUUUUAAGCUACCUGCUUACUUAAAAAUAUUAGAAUGAUUUUUUAAAAAGUUGAACUCUCAGAGUUAACACUCUUUAUCUCCAGUAACAAAAAAACAGGACAUCUAAUCCUGCUAUAGUUAAAAGUUAAACUAUUUUCCUUCUGUAUGAGAAUCACUUUUUUUUUUUUCCUUCCUAAGUUCCUUUCCUUGGGUUCAGUAGCCAGUCAACCUUUAUGUCAUUGUUAAACCUACAAAUUGAUUCUUUUGUUAUUAGUUUCUGAGAAUUGACCAACUCUGAACAACUACUCCUACUUAAAGAGUUUAUAAAGGAAACAGUGGCUGUAUUUCAAAGAAUAUUUUAAAAGUACCAUUUUAACAUAGAAAGAGACCAAUUUUCCCCGAGAGAAGAAAUUUAUGCUAAAUAAUUAAGUAAUGGGUGAACAUUUGCCCCUGACAUAAAUAAGGCUAACACCAGACUUUACAUCACUAUGCUUUAUACUGGUCAUUAGCUGAUCUAGGUAUUUCAUAUUCAAUAGAUUGAAUUAUGUCAUUUUUACACUCUCACAUUUUCAUUCCUGAGUUAAAAAAAAAAUUCAAAAACAGUACAUAACUUAGGGACUGAGAGAAAGAGUGAAGCUUCCAUUCUCCAUUC